GGUCAGAUUCUAAGUCUAGCCCACGACUGUUACAGUGGUGCGAAACGCCUUUCGUUCUAGCCCCUGAUAGCUAUGGACCCCGCUGCUGAAGCCGCGGCUCAGGCUGCCGCUCAGGCUGCCCAGGCCGCUGCUGCUCAGCAGGCUCUCGCCCAGCAGGCUGCCGCUGCGGCCGCUGCCGCUGCAGCUGCGGCUGCCGCCGCGCCGCGUGCCGGCUCUGGUGGCUCCGCUGCUCCGUCGUCUGUCCACCUGCCCCCUCGCCCUGCAUCCGCGCCGGGCAUGGGCUCGAACAACGACGACGAGAUGCUCUCCGCCGGCGAAGGCGAUGAGUACGGCUACGACCACCAGCCCUCCGCUCCCAUGGCGCCGGCCAGCUACGGCCCCGGCCCCACCUACGGUCACGCCGGGCCUGCCUUUGGCACCGGCGGUCCUGCCUUCCACCAGCCGCCCAGCGUCAUGUCGCAGCUGGACACCCUGCGCCACCGGCAGAACGGCCACGGCCACCUGCUGGAGGACGUCCAGCGCACCGGCCACGGCACCCAGCAGGCGGUCGAGAGUCUGCGCAACGGGCUGCAGAACAUGCACUCGCUGCUGGUCAACACCAACACUGACGUGGCCAACCUCCGCAACUCUCAGGCUCCGCUGAACGCCGCCGUCCACGAGAUUCAGCUGGCGCUCGGACGCCUGGAGAACAAGUUCGACGCCCUGCGCGACCGCAUGGGCGACGGCGCCGGCGGCUCCGCGAAGCGCCAGCGCUCGGAGGAGGACAAGAGCAUUGCCGGCCUGAAGACUCUCGGGUUCUGCACCAAGUGCGCCCGUGAGGACGUCAGCCGCAAGUGGAACACCUGCCGCGACCACAACCCCAAGUUUGCCGCGUAGGGUGUUGCGCAGCGUGAAGGUUUAGGUGGCAGCCCCGCUGCGCAGCCAUCAUUUAAUGAGCAUGAGUCGCUAGGUAGUGGGCAGUGUACGCACCCCGCACCGCAUCAGGGUUGUCAGCACCCAUCGCACAAGCAUACGCACGCCACGGCUGCUACGGCACCGGGCACCACGCACACGCAUAAGGCAGAUAGGAUGUUCAGUCGAGCUGAGUUCUUGAGUUUGCAAACUGCCUCAGGACGAGACUUCUCCUUUGACGCUGCGUGUAAUGAUGAAGGCUC